AUGAUUUGCCGUAAAAUUUGUCGGAGGAAUCCAUGGAGCUUCAGCCAUUGGUGGCGGUGUGUAUACCCCACCACCACUCCUCAAAGAGCCAGUUCUGGACUGGGUUCUUUAGCUCUAGCUCGAGCUCAACCCAACAUUUUUGUUAAUCGAAGAACGUUUCCUUUUUUCGAGAAUCAUCAUGAGGGAGAUUCCUUGAGCAUUCCAUUUGGGACUAAAGGAUGUAACUUUACAACUCAUACUCUGGGCGAUCCUCCAGUUGGUGGGGUGGUUGAUGUGCCUUUGGCACAAACAGGAGAAGGUAUUGCGGAAUGUGAACUUCUUAAAUGGUUUGUGCAAGAGGGGGAUCAAGUUGAAGAGUUCCAACCACUUUGUGAGGUUCAAAGCGACAAAGCAACCAUAGAGAUUACUAGCCGCUAUAGAGGAAAAGUUUCAAAGGUUCUCCAUGUUCCAGGAGAUAUUGUAAAGGUUGGAGAAACGCUUCUGAAGAUGGUUGUUGAUGAAAAUGCUGUCUCUGAUCAAUGUUCUGAGACACUAGAGGUUAUUAAGGUGCACGAUUCUAAUACAAGUGAACUAGAUGUUACUGAUUCAGGGCACAAAAAAGCAAAGCUAGGUGGGGCGUUAUCCACGCCUGCCGUGCGUAAUUUUGCAAAACAAUUAGGUGUAAAUAUCGAAGAUCUGCACGGAAGUGGCAAAGAAGGAAGAGUACUCAAAGAGGAUGUCCUGAAUUAUGCUGCACGUGAAGGCAUUCUUAAGGAAAGCUCAGCAUCAUCUGAUGAUUCUUCUGCCGAUGAAUAUCUUGAGAGAGAUCAGAAGUUAACUGAGGUUGCAUCAACAUAUGGACUGAAGUUUGACGACAGGAUAGUUCCUCUGAGGGGUUUCCAGCGUGCUAUGGUUAAAUCGAUGACAUUAGCUGCGAAAAUCCCUCAUUUUCAUUAUGUUGACGAGAUAAACUGCGACGCCCUUGUUCAGCUUAAAGCAUCAUUCCAAAAUGAGAAUUCUGACCCAGGGGUCAAGCAUACUUUCCUUCCUGUGUUGAUAAAGUCACUUUCAAUGGCAUUGAACAAAUAUCCUUUGCUAAACAGUUGCUUUAAUGAGGAAUUGCAAGAGGUGACCCUGAAAGGACUGCACAACAUUGGAAUUGCAAUGGCUACCCCACAUGGCCUGGUAGUACCUAACAUAAAGAAGGUUCAGUGUCUCUCCAUCUUGGAAAUAACAAAAGAGCUCUCACGACUACAACAAUUGGCUUCAGCUAACAAGCUUAGUUCCGAUGAUAUAACUGGUGGAACUAUUACUUUGAGCAAUAUUGGCGCAAUUGGUGGAAAGUUUGGUUCCCCUCUUAUCAAUGCGCCUGAAGUAUCCAUUAUUGCAAUGGGACGGAUCCAGAAAAUUCCCCAAUUUGAUGGAGACGGGAAUAUCUAUCCUGCAUCAAUUGUGACCGUGAAUAUAGGUGCGGAUCAUAGAGUUCUGGAUGGGGCAACAGUUGCUAUGUUCUGCAAUGAGUGGAAGCUGUUCAUUGAAAAACCAGAGCUCUUGAUGCUGCAUAUGAAAUGAUUGCUCUUGGGAUGGAAUUCAUUUGAACAAGCACCACUAAUAUAUCCCCAGGAAGUCACCAAAUAUGAGUGGGAGCUGAACUAAAAGAUUCCAUGGCUGGUGAGGCACAAGCUAAACACAAUGUAGCUAAACGAAGUGGCAAUGCUUCUUCUAGUUGUUGAGUCUUUAAGAUAGCAACUAUUUGACAGGUAUUAGAGUAUAUGAAACAAACUGCAGAAAAUACUCUCUUAUGUGUAACCAUAGAGGCAAUAAAUUUGUACAAAUAAAUUCAAUCUUAGGUUGCCUUUAUAUCUCG